AUGUCGUCUUUCACCCCCAGAACCCGAAUUGAGACUGCUGCUGGUCAGCAAUCUCAACAUACUUCAACCAUUGUCCCAAAAACUGCUACCAUCAACCUCCAAGGAGGCCUGGCAGCAUCCAAGUGGGCAGAAGAUGAAAGCAACUGGAACACCGUGUCCAGAGCGCCAGUCACUCCUCCAAAGCCCGCGGCUAAGUCGAAUACAUGGCGGGCCCGCUCUAACUGGCGCGGUCCCGAGGUUUCUGCAUCUGGCUCAGCAAAGGGUUCUUCCUCUUCCAAGCCAGCAUCAGCCUCGGCUGCUGCGACCAAGAAGAAGAAGGCUCGGGCUCCUAAGCCCGAGACUACUCCCGUGCUGGAAGAGUCACUUCCGGUACCGGUAUUCGUCCCUGCAAAGGUUCCAGCUACCUCAGCCUGGGACCACACUGGGGCCAGCCCUCACCGGCACCACUUCAAGGUUCUAGUCAAGACUCAAGUCAACGCUCAAGUCAGCGCUCAAGUCAAGACUCCAGUACCUGUAGCAGUACCAGCAAAGGCAGAGCUCGUCUCUAGCCCAGCCAGCUUGGCCGCGCUUCUCAAGCCCAGCCCUCGCUUCAACUGGGCCGACGAGGUGGAAGAUGAAGAGGAGACCGAGACAGUCGCAACCGUGACCGCACCACUUCAACUAACUCUUCCCAGGGUGGAGAAGCUCGAAGAAGAAGUCAAAACUACUCCUGCACCUGUAACUGCACCACUUCAACUAACUCUUCCCAGGGUGGAGGAGCUCGAAGAAGAAGUCAAAACUCUUGCACCUGUAACUACACAACAACCUCGACCGACUCCUCCUACACAGGAGGAGUUGGUUAACAAAAUAGAAGUCUUAAUCAAGCAACUUUCCGGGCAAGAAGCUCGCCGAAAGGCGCACCGACGAGCACUGCUCACCAACCUCCCUCCUCUACACCCGGGAAACUGA